CAAAGGUGAAAGAAUUAUUUCAACAUGAAUUGGAAGUAUUUAUUAUCAUUAUCACCUGAAGAUCUUACCGACGAUGAAAAGGAUGAACUGUACAAUACGGUGACAUGGUUCAACUGUAAUGGAGAAGAGCUGAACGUAAAAAAAUGCGUGGCUUUGAUAAAAGUAAGCCAAGAAAUCCUUAAAUACAAAGGUGAACAAGUAGAAACAUUAUUACACGAAUUAGAUGAACUCGCUACGAAACAAGGCGAAGAGGACGCGAGAAAAUUGGAAUCUGAUACAGAAAUUGUUAGUUCUAAAUCAAGAAAAUCUAGUUCAAUUGAAUUUGAAAAUUUGGAGCAGAAAUACACAGAAUUAAAAAAUAAAUUUAAAAAGCAAGCAAAACUUAUUUCAAAAACAACUGUAGAAUUCGACAAGCUAAAAAAUAAAGUUUCUGGAUUGGAAAGAGAAAAUAAUUUAUUACAUCAAGAAUUACAAAGUAAAGGUCAAGAUGGUAGCGAGUCUGAUGUUUCAGAAACAAUACGAGAACAACACAAAGAACUCGUUGAAGUGGUACAAAACAAGAAUAAGCAUAUAUCUGAACUUCUUCGGGACAUAGAAAGUGUAGAAAAAGAAAAUUGUAUCUUACGAGAAAAAUUAACAAUUGUACGUGAUGAUUUGGCCACAGCUACAGAAGAGUUAGCUUUAUUGACUGAAAAAAUUAAUGGUGCUGAAGCAAAACUGGCUGAAAGUUUAGAACAACAACAAAGUUUGACUGGCGAAAAUGAAGUUCUACAAGAACAACUUCAAAAUUUACAAGAAGAAAAACAUAUCAUGGAAAAGCAAUUAGAAGAUUUCGCAAAAGAAAUUAACUACAGAAUCGAUGAAUGGAAGAAAAUCAUUACACAGAAGGAUUUAGAAAUAGAAGAAUUAAGAACUAGAAACCUUCAGUCCAGUAUCCACUCAUCUUUGUCUAGCUUACCUCAUGAUGAAACUGAGAAACUUCACAUCAAUGUUAUGCAAAAACUUUUAGAAGACCGCGAAAUACAAAUACAAGAUUUGCAGAUUCAGUUAAAAGAAGCAACCACCGAGAUGCAGGAAAUAACAGAAUUAAUUGAGAAUUUGAAAACGGAAAGAUCAAACCAAUUACAAAAGUUAGAAGACACAUCCUCUAUGAAUGUAACAUUAAAAAAGCAAUUAAAAGCUUCACACGAACGUUCACAAACAUUGCAGGAAGAUUUGAAACACGCAGAAAAAUUGGCCAGCGGAAAAGAUGCUGAUUUAAAGCAAUUAGUCCAAUCGUUGAAAGAAGAAGGCGAAAUAGAUCUAUCAUCCAGUGUAGAUCAUAUUUAUGCCUUAAAAUCCGAAAAAAGACAUUUGGAAAAGCGAAUUGCUGUUUUAGUCAACAGUUCUAAUAAACUACAGGAUAAUUUUGAUGAAAUAAAAAGAGAGAAUGAAAUUCUCAGAAAUAAAUUAGGAUUGGAAGAAGAUGAUAACAUAGAUAGUAUAUCUGUGCCUCAUAGAAGGAGUAGAAAAUCAAAGGAGAUUAGCGAGUUAAAUAAAAAACUUGCUAAAUACGAAGAAGAGAAUCUGAAUUUGAGAUCUAGAAAUCAAAAACUGAAUAGGCAUAUUGCUAAACUCUCGGAUCAGAUUGUCGAUCUCGGUCAUGAUCCAAAAGAAAGCAGUUUGUCACGACAUGACGGUACAAAGACAGACUAUCUUCUGACAAAAGAAGAAACAACAGCAAUGAUUGAAGAAAAUGAAGCGCUACGUAAAGGAAUGCAUGAAAUCCUCAAUAGCAUAAAUGCCAAAAAGGAAACCAGUGUGAGGGAAAUUAAGUCUGAAACUUUGGAGAAACUGCUGAGGGCUUUAGAUGUACGACAUAUUUCAGGAUGGUAUCAUCCUGCAAUGCGCCUCCAGGCUGAACUUCACAACUUGGAAGGAAUAAAUGCUGAGUUAAGAGAACAGUUAAGAUUUGUCAGAAUGGAAAAUGAGAAAUUUAGAAAUGAAAUAAAAAGUUCCGAUAUCUCCGAAGGCGAAGUUGUUAACAAUCAACCUAUUAUGUCGGAAAAUCAAAUAGAAGAAGGUGGUGAUUUCCAAGAGAACGUUAAUUCCUUUGAAAAUAUGAUUAGUUCUUUAAAUGAUAACAUUGACGUUACUUUGGAUAAAAUGUUGAAAAUUUUAGAGAUUAUUACUUCCGAAACUUUCACUUGUGAUAAAUAUCAGAAGGCUGGUAUAUUAUUGAAAAACAUGGUAAACCACUUGUCGGAGAAAUAUAUAGAGUACAAAUCUAAAUAUGAGGAGGAUAUGAUACUAGAAAAAGAAAAAUACUCAGAAAAUGAAAAAGAUUUAGAAAUAUUUAAAAGUCAAGUAAAAGUCCUUACGGAUAAUCAAUCAGAAGAUUCGAUGGUUAAGAAGUUGGUAGAAUUUUCCGCAGCCGAUAUUUUAAAUAAAAGAAAAAUAACUUUCUUGGAACAGCAAACAAAUAAACUCACGAAGGAUAAAGAAUGCCUUGAACAAAGUUUUGAAAAUAAUAAGGAAGAUCUUCUUAAAGAGUUAAAAGAAUUAAUAAAAACUAAUGAUAUUCUAAAGUCAAAGUUGGAGAUAUUAAAUAUUAAAUUAAAAAUGUCCGUUGAUUCCGAUUUAUUUAAUGAAACUAAAAAGAAUUUAUUAAAUUUAACCGAAAAACACAGACAACUCAGUCAAAAUUUUGAAAAAACAUCAGAAGAAAAACAGUUAGAGCUAAACAUAUUGAAAGAAACAAAUAAAUAUUUAGAGACAAACAAAAAUGAAUUAAAAAGUAGAUUGACUGAUGUGUUAACAAAACUUUACUCAUUUGAAAAUAUUAAUCAACAUAUUGAUGACGGUAUUGAAAAACUAUCCAAGAAAAUUGCCGAAUCUGAGGUAAAAGAGAUUUCAGAGCGUCAGAGAGCCGAUCAUACAAAUAAUCUUUACGAGUUGGUAAAAGAACAGUUACACAAGUCAGAAGAAAGAUUACAAGACUUUUCGAAAUACAAUGACACAAUACUUCGCAAAAAUUUACUUCUUCAAGAACAAUUAAAAGAUGUCGAAAUAAAAUUAUGUGAAUAUGUGGAUAAAGAAGAAUUUAAUCAAGUAAAACUCGAGAACUGUAAAUUAUUGGAAGAGGUGAACAAUUUAAAGGUGCAAUUGAAAACAGAAAUGUUGUUAAGAGAAGAUAUUAAAAUAAAGGAAUCAAAACAAAUAAAUUGGAGUGCUAAGAAAGAACAAGAACUAUUAAGUCUGAAGCAUCAAAUUGUAGACCUGAUUGCUGUUUCUGAUGAAAAAAUGUUAAUAGCCCAAUUACACUCUGAUAUUAAAUAUUAUAAAAUGUUAGACGUUGAUUAUACUGAAAAAAAUAAGAAACUUUCUGAAGAAGUAGACUAUUACAAAAAAAAAUAUGAAGAGUGUCUUGCAAACUUAGAAAAUGAGAGGAUAAAAUUAUCCGACAAAGAAAAUCAAAUAAAAAAGAGGAUGAGUAUUGUGGAAAAUAUUCUAUUACAACAGAAAAUGCAAUAUUUUGGUUGCGUGCCGAUGGUGUCUGAAGACAAAUACAUCAACAAGCUUAGAAAGAUUGCGAUUGAUAAACAUGAAACGUUUCUGGCAUUAAUGAAAAUUCAAAAAUUGGAAAACGAUACUGAAACAAUAAGAGAACAGUGUAACAUUGAACUGCAGAAUUUAAUGGAACAACACAGAAUUUUACAAGGUGACAAAGAAGAAUACAACAAAAUGUUAAAAUGGUUACAAGAAAAGAAGACUCUACAACUUAACGAACUACGGUAUAAAAGACAAGCUGAAUUUAAAGACGUACAGAUGCAACAGUUAACUGAAAGAAUUAAAAGUCAAGAUCAAGAAUUAGCUAAUAUAGAAGAGGAACUGGUUAUAACACACAAGAAUUUGGUACAUUCUUUAGACUUCAAUAUUGAACCUGAAAAACUUCAAAAUGUCGAGUUUACCCAGUCACAUAUUCCUCCAAUGAAAAUCACUAAGUCUGAGGAAAUACAAACGGUUGAAGAGUUACCUGAUGUCAACAUAUCGGAUGAAAGUAAAAUUACUAAUCUGAAGUCUGAGUUAUCCCAGGUACGUAGUGAAUUAGCCAGCAAAGAGACGAUGAUUGAUCAGCUUAAAGGAAAGAUUACUGAACAAGAAAUGAACUUAAGUUUAUUCAAAAAGCAACUUGGUGAUAAACAGAGUCAAAUACAAUUUUAUGAAAGACACAUUGUUGAACUACAGUCUAAAGAUAAUCCGAGUGUUGAGAAAUUAGACGUAGCUGACAGUGAAGAAAAUAAUGCCGAAAAAGAUAACGCCAAUAAUAACGAAGAAAUAUUAUCAUUAAAGGCAUUGGUGGCACAACUUCAAGAUACAAUUCAGGCUAAGGAGAAAGCUAUUUUAGAUUAUGAAUCUCUAUUGAAAGAUGAUAGAGACAAACAUAGUCUUGCCGCAGCUAGCCUUCAAGAGGAAAUUAAAACAUUACAACAAAAUAUUGCCCAAGAGAAACAAAGAAACAAAAAAUUGGAAGAUCAUGUUACACAAGUAUCAAGGGAUGAUUACUCCGAACAAGUAGAUGAUUUGGAAAAACACACAGCUGAAUUGCAUACUUCUGUUACUAGCCUUGAGGCUCAAUUGAAGUCUAGUAAACAAGAAGCUGUGAGGUGGAGGAAGUUGGCAAAUGAUAGAUUAGAGGCAAUGAACGAUUUACACAAAAACUUGGAAGACCGGCACCGCAAUGAGCUUUCAGUCUACAAAGAGGAUUCGGAGAAAUGGCGGGAUGAGGUGAACAGUCUGAAAAAUUUAAUCGCCAAACAUAGAGCGGACGCCAGCAACAUAACGGGCGACAUCCAAAAAAUAAUUAAAGAAAAAGACAACAGAAUACACGAGUUGACUGUGCUAUUAAGACAAGCAAAGGUAGACUAACGAUUAAAAUCUAAACCGCAAUAUUUCACGUUUUCUUUGUAGACCAACGUUAUACGAGCGGAGCGAACUUCUGAACUCGAACUAAAUCCGAAAUUGGCAGACUUGGAGUACACAAGGGAAGUGUUGCAGAAAGAGAACGAGUCGCUCAAAAAACGGCACGAACAAUUAAUACAACGUGAACGUAAUGCUAGAGAGGAAAUACGAGAACUCAGGGCCCAGCUUAUUAAAAAGCCAAUCACUUCUGCUAGAAGUGAUAAAAGUGAAAAGUCUAUUAAAGAUCACUUACAAAGAAAAAUUACCUCUCUAGAAGCUGAAAUAAUUGAGCUGAAGGAUAAUCUUGCAAACCAAAUAGCAAUAAAUGAAACACACAGAGUCAAGUCUGCUGAAGAUUUUGAACGAUGGAAAAAACAAAAGCAAUGCCAGCAAACUACUGAAAAGUUAAAAAACAAGCUGAAAGAAAAAGACUUGGAAUUGGAGAAAUUAACACAGACAUCGACAGGUUACAGAAUGCUCAUAGAAAGAUUAGAAAGGGAAAAACAUAAUUUAGAGAACAGAAUUCGCAAUCUUAAGGCAAGUGGAAAUGUUAAACCUAAUGAAGAUGUAGUAGAAAAUUUACGGAUAGAUAACAUGAAACUUUUGGCUGAAAAUCAAUCUUUGAUAGCAAAACUUGAGAUGAAUCAACAUCACGCUGGAGGACUUGGUGCGGCUAUGUUACAGGAAAAGUUAGAGGCCCAAGAAAGAAAAAUUGCUAUUUUGGAAGUCACAUCCAAAGGAAACGUUGAAAUACGAAGUGAAAUGGAGAGAAUGCAGGCACAGAUAUCGUCCCUGCAAAAAGCUAACCUCAGCCUCGAGGCAGAGAACUUAGAAACUAAAAUGGAUUUGGAGAAAUCUAAAAAGGAGCUUCCAUACCUGCAAGAGCAGAUACAACAUCUGGAGAACUAUGUGGAAGUGCUUAAAAGUGAGAAUACAAAAUUCGAUAACACCUCUGAUAAUCUUCAAGAUAAAAAUGUUGAAGUUAAAAAAGUUUCGGAACUUGAACGUACAGUUUUCAUAUUAAAACGUGUAGUUGAAAAACUUCAAGUGGAAAAUAAACGACUGCAGAGCGGGAAAAGAGUUUUACCCGAUAGAGUAGGUUCCACCGAUAAAUUGAGACGGGAUUAUCUUCGACUUAAGGAGCAGUAUCAAGAGAAUAUUCGGAAAGUUAGUCAAUUAGAGAACGAGGUGGCUGCAUAUAAAGAACAAAUAAAGAAGAUUGUGAUUAGACCAGUCUCGGAUAAUGCCAAAGUUCUAUCUGAUGAGCUUGCAGAAGUAAGAAACCAGUUACAACAAAAAAAUCUAUUACUGGACAAAGUUAAGGUAUUGUUACAGCGGGCAGCGAUAAAAGAAAAAGCAUUGCUAGAUGAGAUCGCCGAAUUGAAACAAGCCAAAAGUUCAGCGAAUUAAAUCUAAAAGAACUUCGUUACAUUUUAAAAAAGACCAAGUAACAAUAAGUUAUCAAUAGGUACAUUAAGUGUAAUUUUAUAUUUACUAUCUAUUUUUAUGCAUUUUAAGAGUAGCUUUUUAUCUAUGUAAUUUUUAUAAUAUAAAUAAAC